ACGUAUUACGCACAGUAAAAAAUGAGGACUGUAAAGAUGUAAAUUCUAAAAAUGCUUUUUGCUAUUCAUGUCACAAAAAAUUAUAUAAUUUAUUUCUACCCCCCAAAUAGAAAAAGCAAACAUACAUCACAACUAUUGAGAUGCGCAGAGGCAAAAAACACAUACCUAAUCAUUAAAGGGUUAAAUUCAUGUCUUAUGUACAACUUCUUCACAUAGAGGAGAGCUCUGCCUACAUAAAUUGGUUAUGACAUAAUGUUACCUAAACUUUAAGCAGAUCAGUGCCAAAGAGACAUAUCCUACACCUUAGAUUUAUUCUCACAAUGAAGCCUUAUACACUGCUCAAAAAAAUAAAGGGAACACUAAGAUAACACACCCUAGAUCGUAUGAAAUAUGAAUUCAAAUAGAGAAAACAGACAUGGUCGCACAUCCACAACGAUCUAAUGCUUCUCAGCAACAUUUAUUAAAUUAACAGGGCGUUCGUGUACUUUAUGAUCAUGAAGUGCAAGCCCACUAGCCACGUCACGGCCACCUGUAAGUAGUGGGUCCCUAACGUCCCUAGCAUAAAAUGGCAUAGCAUGACCACCACUGCCACAACACCAGUGCCCACAGGGGGAACGACCCACUGGCAGAGCAGACCCAUUGCCACUCAAACCAGUCCCGUGCCUACGCAUAGACACGGUGCCGCGGCAGCAAUGGAUGCCGCAUAGCACCACACCAGGGUGAACAAGGUGUAAAAUCUCACUUACCAUAUGCUCCCAGUCAGACUGGGAGGCUGCCAGAAAGGAAGGGGCCCUGUGCAACAUUCCCGCUAAUUUAUAUAGGGCUGGGCUGAGGGGCAGAGUGCAGACCAAGUAAAAACAACAAAAAAAGAGAGAGGGAUAGAAAACACAAUGUGAAUUCAAAUAAAGAAUACAGACAUGUUCGCACUUCCACAACAUGCACAAUGAUCUAAUGCUUCUCAGCAACAUUUAUUAAACUAACAGGUUGUUAGUGUACUUUAUGAUCAUGAAGUGCAAGCCCACUAGCCACAUCACGGCAAUUUACAAUGCUCCUUAUGAGGUGGCGGUUGGUCUCCUGAGGGAUGUCCUCCCAGACCUGGACUAAAGCAUCCGCCAACUCCUGGACAGUCUGUGGUGCAACGUGGUAUUGGUGAAUAGAACGAGACAUGAUGUCCCAGAUGUGCUCAUUCGGAUUCAGGUCUGGGGAACGGGUGGGCCAGUCCAUAGCAUCAACGCCUUCAUCUUGCUGGAACUGCUGACAUACUCCAAUCACAUGAGGCCUAGCAUUGUCUUGUAUUAGGAGGAACCCAGGGCCAACCACACUAGCAUAUUGUCUCACAAGGGGUCUGAAGAUCUCAUCUCGGUACCUAAUGGCAGUCAGGCUACCUCUGGCAAGCACAUGGAGGGCUGUUCGGUCCCCCAAAGAAAUGCCACCCCACACCAUUACUGACCCACUGCUAAAUUGGUCAUGUUGGAGGAUGUUGCAGGCAGCAGAACAUUCUCCACGGCAUCUCCAGACUCUGUCACAUCUGUCACAUGUGCUCAGUGUGGACCUGCUUUAAUCUGUGAAGAGCACAGGGCGCCCCGUGGCGAAUUUGCCAAUCCUGGUUUUCCCUGGCAAAUGCCAAAUGUCCUGCACAGGGUUGGGCCGUAAGCACAAACCCCCCAUUUGUUGACAUCAGGCCCUCAUACCACCCUCAUGGAGUCUAUUUCUGACCAUUUGAGUGGACACAUGCACAUUUGUGGCCUGCUGGAGGUCAUUUUUCAGGGCUCUGGCAAAGCUCCUCCUUGCACAAAGGCGGAGGUAGCAGUCCUGGUGUUGGCUUGUUGCCCUCCUCCACGUCUUCUGAUGUACUGGCCUGUCUCCUGGUAGCGCCUCCAUGCUCUGGACACUAAGCUAACAGACACAGCAAACCUUCUUGUCACAGCUCGCAUUGAUGUGCCAUCCUGGAUGAGCUGCACUACCUGAGCCACUUGUGUGGGUUGUAGACUCUAUGCUACCACUAGAGUGAAAGCUCCACCAGCAUUCAAAAGUGAGCAAAAAAUCAGUCAGGAGGCAUGAACUGAAAAGUGGACUGUGGUUGGACCCCCUGCGAUCUGAAACUUAUCCCCUAUCCUGUUGGUUUUUCACCACUACCCCUUUAAUCCACAAAGUUGGUCAACUAACUUGAUCUCUCCAAUGAUUCCUUCCCAUGGUUAGGAGCUGGCAGACUCCAUUCAGGCACAGACUUGGAUUCCACAUUUGGCAGGUGCUACACUUCAAUGCAGAUACCUGUGUUUUACAUCUACAUAGAAACAUACUCAAUGGUAGCGAAAAUAUAUCAGCAUAGGCUAGAAUAGAACAUCAUUGUCUCUAGGCCAUAAAAUGUGGAAAGUUCUUAUAUAUAUUAUGACACAACAGUAUUGAUCCAGGAGAGUGGCUACAGGUAAGCUGUAAGGAUUGGCAGUGGUUGUCACUAAUCCUUUUCCAUCCAGAGUAUAAUAUAGAUAGGCUAAGUCCUGUCUCACCUAGACUAUAGGUUUCUGAUGAAAUGUCACUGCUGUGUGCACCAUGGACAGCUCUCUGCUGCAUACAUAGCUAUGUGUACAGCCCCAUCAUAUACCUGUCAUUCACAUGCUAGAAGGUUACCUAUAUACAGCAGUAACGAUCCUGCUACAGCAGCACAGAAAACUUUCCCAUGUUCAUGCUAGAGUUAGAGCCAGCAGCAGGCAUUGGCAGUGCAGGGUGUAUGGUACAUGGGCACUGCCAUCUGAUGAUGAUGGGCUGGCUUGGAUAACUGAAGCUGCUGUGCACACCAGAGCUCAGGAAAGAAUCAAGUUGUCUGAGUCCAAGGUCACUGAGACGAGGAACCUAAGGCAGGACUCCCCUCCUCAUCGUCAGCAGUAGCAGUGAGUGUAUUGCAGGGGGCUGCAGCUCUCCAGCCCUCACCUCCCCUCCCUAUAGACUGGUGAAGAUGUGAGGCGGCUGCUGCUGCUGCUGCUGGUGACACUUGCCGAGCUCCAGUGCCUGCUGCAGUGUGCCUGCUCCCCGCCGCUGAGGAUGGUGCAGUGCUGCUCCCCGGAGGGCUCCGUGCUGCUGAUUACGGCGCUGCUGCUGGGGGCUGAGCUGCUGCACGAGUCGCAGGCAGGCUGGAGCUGCGGGGAUCUGCUGUGCGGGGACAGGGAAGGCUGCUGUGUGUUCGGGAACGUCAGUCACACGGAGAUCAAGUGCUGCCAGCUGCCCUUCCACACUUUCCUGGACAAUGUGGGCUGGUUUGUCAGGAAGCUCUCCGGGCUGCUCAUCCUCCUGGUGCUGUUUGCCAUCGGCUACUUCCUGCAGCGCAUGAUCUGCCCCAGUCCCCGCAGGUACACCCGGCCCCAGCCGCGGAGCACAGGGGGGCCCGGGCUCCUCAAUGAGACCAGCUCCCAGGACUCUCUGAUAGACAGUGUCCGGCACCUGUCCGAGCAUGAGCUGCGCAUCAUCUCGUCCCCUGUGCUGCUGCAACUGCCCAGCUAUGAGGAGGUCAAGUACCUGCCCACCUAUGAGGAGUCCAUGAGACCCGGCCAGGUCAUACUGCCAGUGUCCCAGAUCCCGGUGCAAGAGGAAGGGCCAGGGGCUUUGCCCCCCUAUUCGCAUUGAACUGGAGCUGGGGGGUCUUUGCAUGCCCCCUUAUUCUCAUUGACGUGGAGCUUGGAGGGGUCGUAGUAUUGAAUCUUUAUAUCCAUUAAGCUGGAGGAUGGGAUCAGUUGCAUUCUCCCAUUCUUGGGGAACCAAACUAUUAGACAGAUUGGGGCGAUCACUGACAUGAUCUACAACAAACCAGAUCCCUAUUGCUGUCAUUGGCUUGCAUCCGUGUACCAUUCUUUAAUCCAUUUCCACCAUUGUUAACUUGUUUUGGCUCAUAGUGGUUUCCCUAUGAUUUGACCAGGAAUGGUUUAAUAGUAACUCAUGUGUAGACGGGAAUAAUCAUUGGUAAAAAUUUGAUAAAAAAUUUACAUGAAUUGCCAAAAAAAAAAAAAAUGUCCUGUUUGAUCACUAUUCAUACUUACUAUAGUGUGUAGUGAUCAUGGAUCCCUACAAUGGGAAAUAUAUCUUUAUUUUGUAGGAUGGGAACAGUUUCCUUAAGGAUUGUCCCUGUCCUCACCUUAGUGGUUCAAAUUAACCAGUAACGUGGUCUUCACUUUAUGGGGACACUGUUCUAAUUGGGGAGACGACUUGCAUUUCCCAUCUGUUGCAGCGUCCAUCUGAUUGUCAUCAUGCAGUCAUUGUAUGUUGGUCUUGUACUGUAGUCUGCUUCAUUCUGUUCAUUGUCCUGCAAUGCCCUCUAUGUCAUAUUGUUCUAUCAGAGGUAAGAGAUAGCCUCAUCACAGUACAGUAGAUUGCUCUUCAGUCUGCUCUCAAGCCUCUAGCACAAUAGUCAGACUGGGAUAUCCUAUAGAGCCAGUGGCUACCUGAAUAAUGACUGUGGUCAGAAGCACAUCCCUAGCUGCUUGCACUUCUUACCCCUGUGUGAUAUAAGAUGUCCCAGUCAUGGAGUGUAGCACUAAAUGUAGGGACUGCUGUGUAGUCUCUGGUUAUUUUCACUGAGGAGGUGGUUGCAGUUCACCUUAAGUUUACUGAGCUACAACUGUUCUGCUGUAUUUGCUAAAAUUGGGAACCUAUAUUUUAUUUAAAACAUCUGAAAAGAUAAAUAAUUCUAUUUUGAUGCAACAUAAUAUACAAAUAGACUUGAAGAAGAGGCCUAAAAAUCAUCAGCUUCUCAUCGAGCUCUCACCACCCUCCUGUACAUGCUGCAGUGGUAAUGUUCUGCCUGUGUGAUCCAUUCUCCCAGCACAGGACUGCAUGGACCCUUCAUAGGGUUGCAUUAUUUGCCUCAUGUGCAGCGCUCGCUAUGAUUUAAAUACCUCUCUAGUCUCCUGACUGCAGUUUUACUGUAGGUUUCUCUUGGCAGCUAAUGGAUUAUCUCUGCUCUGGACCUGUUUGAUCUGUGUAUGCAUCCCAUUGUCUUGCCUCUUCUUGUCUGAAAUGCAAUCUUUGUUUUUGGCUAUCCAAAUACCAGAACACCCUUAUAUACUAGCUUUUAGGAUUGGUUGGUAUACUGGGGCCUUUAGAGGGCUUUUUUACUUCUCAAGACAAAGUUAGAGGAUUUGCUGCUGUUGCCCCUUCCUCCAUUGGAUGCAGUCCUCAGCAUUCAGCCCUCUGCAAUACCAGUCUCUGGCAGAAGCCUUUGUCAGUAGAAACUGCUUCCAUCCUUUACAGGAUAAUCAAUAAACUCCUAGAUAUCAAUUUACUAGAAACUCCUGGAAUGGGACAACACUAGAAACAGAACCAACAAAUUACGCUACAUUGCAUUACAUCUUGUUAUAUAUGAGUUAUAUCGCAAGUGCCUGAGAGAUAUGUUAUUCUGUUUAAUGUUAUGCUUUAAUCACUUCUCACUACUGCAGGCAAUAAGGCACUCUGAAGACAGAGUGGGGUACUUAGGAAUUGUUUACUAACAUAGCAAUCUGCUCUCGAUUAUAUGAUGGUAAACUCCUUGGUGCCUUUAACUGAAGUUUUGUACUUCAAGAAAAAUAUAUAUAUAAGCCAUAGACCUUUGUCAGGUGCCUGACUAUCUGCUGUGAUUCAUUUUGGAUGUAACCAUAGGCGCACAUUAAAAUCCAGAAUGUUUUCUAGGGUUGGGAGAUUGGACAUUAUUGCACUGUAUGAACAUAAUGAUGCAGUCCAGCAAUGCACAGCAAUGCGAUUUAUGUGGGCUUAAAUUGCUUGGAGAAGUACAUAUUGUCUUGGAAAUUCAGAAGUACGUAGGAGCAGGUGUUGCCUGCCUCCAUUUAUACAGUCAGUUAAAGGAAAACUUCAGUCACCGCAUAAUGAUUAUAGGGCUGGAAAGUCUCAGAAUGCAUGCAGAUGAAUACCUUAGAGUCCCCAUGUACAAGAAAGAAAAGACAGCUGUACCGGCCAAUAUUACCGUGCACUCCCAAAAGAAGGAAUAGGACAUGAUAAAUCUCAUAUAAGUAAGCUGCCACCAGAAUUGUCUGACAGUGGCUUACUUCCCUCUUUUCAUUGAAAAUGCAUGCAUGCUCAUCAGAGGUGAGUGUACAGCUGACAGCUAUUAAAGAUGUAUGAGCACCUUAACUUGUUCCCUUAUUUAGGUCAUAUAAUAAUUACCAAUAAUAGUUUUUUAAGGGCUGUAUUACACAGCCCAACCUCUGCCCAAUAUGAACGCCAAUCUCCUGGAUCGGUGCUCGUUUAAAGAGCCUAUAUUAUAUGGCUUGUUAUUGAGCAUGCAGGGCCACACAUAUGAUUACUGCAUCAUUCAUGUAUCCCUUCUAUCGUUCAUCGGCUGCAUGUGCCCUAUUACACAGGGUGAUGUGCACCGACGAACAAGAAAGCAAUCAGCCAAUGAAAUAAUGUUUUCUUGUUUAUGGGCUGAUCGCUAGACUUAUUACAUAGGGGGUGAUAUAAUCUAUUCGGCUGAUAACUGCCCCAUGUAAUAUGGCCCUAAUUCUUUCCUAGGGAGUUAUCACAUAAUGGUCUUUAUUCCUACUGAACCUAUGUAGGAAAAUAACACAAGUUGGUUAAGACCCAUAUUUGCUGUAGAAACCAUACUGUAUCAGAAAACAAAUGAACAACAAAGCCUCCAUAUAGAAUGCAAAUUGGGGAAACACAAACCAAUUGAUUGUUACAAUGUUUCAUUUGUGACUGGAGUUUUCCUUUAACGCGUAUUUCUGAUGAUGGCUCCAGCGGCAGGAUAUGUCUUUAAAUUCCACAGCAACUUCCGAGCCCAAGAAUUGCGAGAAGCUUCAGUGAUCAGGAUGCAGAUUUGCCAGAAGUCCCAUGCAAGUCUACAGGACUUCCGGCAAAUACGUAACCUGAUCACUGAAGUCUUGGGCUUAGUAGGUGCUAUAACAUUUAAAGACAUAUUCUGCCACAGGAACCUUCAUUAGGUGUACACUUUAAAGGUUUGUUCUUAUGCAAUCAAAUAAAAGGCCACCAUACAGUGAAUUCAUGAAUGUUUUAUGAAUGGCUUCUGCAGCCAAAAUGUAACUUUUUUCUUCUUUACUUAAAGAGUACCUAUCAUCAAACCAUAUUUUCUAAACUAACUCAGAUUAUUUUUCCUAACUACUCCUAACAUCUCUCCUGCCCUUAAAUUUUUUUCCCAAGCUAAGCUCUGUAUCAUACCUUUCCCCUUGCUCACAUUAUGUGAGCUCCCAGCAGGAGAAAGUGGGUUUUCCCCAGCAGGCGCAACGUCACUGAAGCCUGAGAGAGCUGUGCCCUGCCAUGCACUUCCUGAGUUUGGUCUCCUGCCAGGCCAGGAGGAGACCAAACUGUUUGACUUGUGGCAGGGAACAGAACAGAGCCACCUAGUGGCUACAUUAAAAACAUAUAGGGGGAGAUUUAUCAAAACCUGUGCAUAGGAAAAGUUGCCCAGUUGCCCUUAGCAACCAAUCAGCUCGCUUCUUUCAUUUUUAACAAGGCCUCUGCAAAAUGAAAGAAGCAAUCUGAUUGGUUGCUAUGGGCAACUGGACAACUUUUCCUCUGCAGAGGUUUUGAUAAAUCUCCCCCAUAAAGGUUGAGAAUUUUUACAGCAAGGAAUAGCAAAGUGUCUUAUAAGUACAUAAGGAAUAAUAUAUUAAAAGUUUAGUUUGGUGACAGGUACGCUUUAAUUGCAAUUCCCACAUAUUAAAGGGGUACUCCACUGGCCAGCCUUCCAGCUGCAUUCAGAACUAAUGUUCCAAACGCUGUGUGUGCGCUGCUGGGUCAGCCAUUCCCCCUUGUGCCAUCAGGCAAUGCCCCCUCAAUGCAAGUCUAUGGAAGGGGGCAUAGCGGUCGUUAUGCCCCCUCCCAUAGACUUGUAUUGGGGCGUGACCUGACAUCAUGAGGGGGUGUGGCUGCCCCCCGCAGCGCGUGCACAGCAUUCAGAACUAAAUGUUCCGAACUCAGCCGGAAGGCUGGUCAGUGGAGUACCCCUUUAAAGGAGUUAUCAGACAUUAGAAAAACAUAUCUGCUUUCUUAUAGUAUCAAUGCAACUUUUGUGUAUGGGAAGUUUUGGAAUUGAAGCAGUCCCUAUCCUUUGAAUGGGGCUGUGUUGUAAUACCAGAAACAGCUCAUGGGCAAGAGUGACAUUUUUUCUGGGAAGAAAAAGUAGGCUGUGUUUUGAAUCCAUGAUGACUCCUUUGAGAUUGGGAUCUUCACUGUGAUCUCUGCCUCACUCAUAAACCAUUAAAAAAGGUUAUCAAGGCUGAACAGCGCAUUUACCUAUCACUGCCUUAUCAUAUUUUGAUUUUGCUCAGGCCUUCAAAGCAAGAAAUCAUUUCCGAUAUAUUUAUGUAGCCUUAUAUAAGUAAGAUUUAUUCUGCAAAUAUAACUUUUUAUUUAUUUAUUAUUGAUCUGAAUUAAUUAUCUUUAAACUUGUUUCUGUGUAGUUGUUGAUUUCUAUGGAAAACCUACCGGUUUGGCAGCUAAUUUUAUUCUCUUCUAGUAAGGGCCUGGUUUUAACUGUGGGGGCCGAAGUGGUUCCCUUUGUACUCUGACAAGUGAGUUGCAGUCUAAAUAAAGAUGACAAGUGGCAGAGAUAACAUCAGUGGUUAUAUAU